CGAAACCGUAAAUCGAAUGAAAUCUUUGUUCAAGCAAUCAUCUUUUUAACUUCACAUGUCAAACAUUUUAAUUGGUCUGGCGGUCUGGCCUAUCUGUAAUAUUAACAGUUUAGCAUCACCUGCACCGGCUGCACGAUAUACUGUACAUGUACUUUCUUAUACUGUACGACCUAUUUAUUGCAUCGAUAAAAUCUUAAUCUUUUUUGUCUCUAAUGACUUUCAUCACUUAUCAGUUUACCCAUUUAUCGUCUGUUUCGAAAACACUUGUUAAAUGUAUCUCAAUUUGUUGGUUUUUUUUAUUCUCUCAAUAUAAUUUUUACUAAUCAAAGAAUAUUUAUUUUUAUUUUCUUUAAAAUUGAAUCAAAAAUUUUGUUAUUUUUUUUUUUUU